ACGUUAAUUCACUACGUCGUUUUCUGCAACCUCGUUUAUUAUGUCCUGCGUCAGUGUGAAAUUUGGAUGUUUUUGCGACAUAUGUAAUCCGCUUGAUAUGAAAACUCGAAGACACCUGUCCGCCACCUCCUUCAUCCUAAAUUCUUCUCUCACUAGGCAUCAAAAUUCGUACUCGAACAAGGAACAAGAAGCAUUGGUUUCAAUUUCCAAAAUCCGCCCUCCAAGGCCGUAAUCUAGGGCAUGGCUGGGAAGAAAGCUAUUGCGAUAUGCCAGUUAGGUGGCGUAUUCAAGACUCUCGAUGAUGGUUCAUUGUCGUAUGAAGGUGGGGAUGCUCAUGCCAUAGAUAUUGAUGAGAAUUCAAAGUACAGUGAUUUCGAGAUGGAGGUAGCAGAGAUGUUUAACUGUUCACCGAAUUUCAUGUCUAUCAAAUACUUCCUUCCUGGAAACAGGAAGACACUUAUCACAAUCUCCAAUGAUAAAGACCUUCAACGCAUGAUGAAAUUUCAUGGUGAUUCUAGCAGCAUUGAUGUAUAUGUCAUGAUGGAAGAAGUUGUUCCAGAUGUUUCAAAUAUGCCUGCCAGUAGGUCAAGCAGAACAACAUUAUCGGAAGCCGGACUUCUGACGGACCCCACUCCUUGCGUAUUGGACGAUGACAUGGACGAAAUAAGUCCACGUGUACUCCUCGAUUCCACUUUCGAUAUCCCAAACGACCUCGCAAACCUCAACGACGAAAUUCCCAUAAUACCCCCCUCCCCCUCCCCCUCCCUCCCCCUCACCAUCUCCCUCCCCCCUACCCCAAAACACACCAAAGCCGCCCAACAAUGGCAAAACAACAUCACGGGAGUCGGCCAACGCUUCAACACCGUAACCGAUUUCCGCGACGCGUUACGCAAAUACUCAAUCGCGCAUCAAUUCGCGUAUAAAUAUAAAAAAAACGAUAGCCACCGUGUCACUGUUCGAUGCAAAUCUGAUGGUUGUCCGUGGAGGAUCCACGCUUCAAGACUUUCAACAACCCAAUUGAUAUGCAUCAAGAAAAUGAACCCUACACAUACAUGUGAAGGCUCCAUUGUGAAAACGGGUCAUCAAGCCACAAGAAGUUGGGUUGCGGGUGUUAUUAAAGAAAAACUAAAAGUAUCCCCAAAUUAUAAACCCAAAGAUAUCGUCACCGAUAUUAAAGAACAAUAUGGUGUUCAAUUAAAUUAUUUCCAAGCGUGGAGGGGUAAAGAAAUUGCAAAAGAACAACUUCAAGGCUCUUAUAAAGAAGCCUAUGGUCAACUACCGUAUUUUUGUGACCAAAUCAUGGAGACAAAUCCCGGGUCCCGCGUGACUUUUAACACAAAAGACGACUCGAGUUUUCACCGAUUGUUUUUAUCGUUUCACGCUUCGUUAUACGGAUUCCAACAUUGUAGACCGUUGAUUUUUCUCGGGAGUGUCCCGUUGAAGUCGAAAUACCAAGGGACUUUACUGGCGGCAACCGCCCCGGAUGGUAACGACGAGGUUUUUCCGGUGGCUUUCGCAGUGGUGGACGCAGUUUCCGACGAUAACUGGCGGUGGUUUUUGGAGCAAAUCAAGGCGGCGUUGACUACUUGUCACGGGAUCACGUUUGUUGCGGACCGUGAAACGGGGAUAAAAGAAGCGGUGUGUGGUGUUUUCCGGGAGGAAAACGUCCACCACGCGUAUUGUCUCCGGUCACUUUCCGAUCAACUUAUACGCGAUUUGACCGGAAAGUUUUCGCAUGAAGUGAAGCGGUUGAUUGUCGAUGAUUUUUACGCAGCGGCUUACGCGAUGAAACCGGACGAUUUUCAAAAAUGUAUUGAAAGUAUUAAAAGUAUUUCGGUUGAAGCUUAUAAUUGGGUGAUUGAAAGUGAACCUGUUCAUUGGGCAAACGCGUUUUUCCUAGGGGCAAGAUAUAAUCAUAUGACAUCGAAUUUUGGUGAGAUUUUUUACAACUGGGCUUCAGAUGCUAAUGAAUUACCAAUAACACAAAUGGUGGAUACAAUUAGGAGUAAGAUUAUGGAGUUGAUUUACAACCGAAGAGCCGGUUCUAACCACUGGUUAACUCGGUUAACCCCGGUUAGUUCAGAGAGGUUAGAAAAAGAAAGUAUUAAAGUUUGCGCACUUCAAGUUUUUAACUCGGGUGAACAAUUUGAGGUUAGGGGGGAUAGUAUUGAAAUAGUGGAUAUUAACAAUUAUGAUUGUAGUUGUAAAGGGUGGCAGAUAACGGGGUUGCCAUGUUGUCAUGCGAUUGCGGUUAUUGGGUGUUUGGGGCGGGACCCGUAUGAUUACUGUGCGAGGUAUUUUACGGUCGAGAGUUAUCGGUUGACGUAUUCGGAAUCGGUGAAUCCAAUUCCGAGGGAGGAGAAGGUGAUGGCGGAGGGGUUUUCUCGGGCGAUUGUCACGGUGACCCCUCCGCCGACUAGGCGGCCGCCAGGGCGGCCGCCUAGUAAGAAAGUUGGAAUGCAUGAGACGAAUAAACGGCAACUUCAAUGUAGUAGAUGUAAGGGCACCGGGCAUAAUAAGUCGACUUGCAAGGAGUUUAUGUUAACGUGAAAAUUUAGAGGAAUAAACUGUUACUGUGAUUCAACAGCUGUUAUGUGUUGACAUCAAGUUUGGUUUUGGUGCCUGUUUUUUAGUUAUUGUAGAAGUAUUUUUUUUUUUUGAUUUGUUUAAAUUGUUUAGGAGAUAAGAGUCUUAGCAAUGAUCAUUUGUACAGUUUUGCUUUGCUUGCAGACAUGAUAAACACCUGCAGAUAUAAAUAAGUAGGAACCAUGGCUGGUUUAAACUGGUUUUUGAAUUUAUUUCUUGUUUUAACUGAGGAGGUACGUCUUUUACAUAAAGGAUAAAGGAGAG